AUGACUUAUGCUUUCACCUGGGAGUGUAUAGGCUGUGGAAGCGGGAGAAGCAAUGACCCCACAACCAGUGAGAGCCGGAGAAUCCAUGGCCCCACAACCAGUGGGAACGGGAGAAUCCAUGGCCCCACAACCAGUGAGGGCCGGAGGAUUCAUGGCCGCACAACCAGUGAGAACCUGAAAAUCCAUGGCCGCACAACCAGUGAGAGCGGGAAAAUCCAUGGCCCAACAACCAGCGAGGGGCAGAGAAUCCAUGGCCCAACAACCAGUGGAAGCGGGAGAAGCAAUGACCCCACAACCAGUGAGAGCCGGAGAAUCCAUGGCCCCACAACCAGUGGGAACGGGAGAAUCCAUGGCCCCACAACCAGUGAGGGCCGGAGGAUUCAUGGCCGCACAACCAGUGAGAACCUGAAAAUCCAUGGCCGCACAACCAGUGAGAGCCGGAGAAUCCAUGGCCCCACAACCAGUGGGAACGGGAGAAUCCAUGGCCCCACAACCAGUGAGGGCCGGAGGAUUCAUGGCCGCACAACCAGUGAGAACCUGAAAAUCCAUGGCUGCACAACCAGUGAGAGCGGGAAAAUCCAUGGCCCACAACCAGCGAGGGGCAGAGAAUCCAUGGCCCAACAACCAGUGGAAGCGGGAGAAGCAAUGACCCCACAACCAGUGAGAGCCGGAGAAUCCAUGGCCCCACAACCAGUGGGAACGGGAGAAUCCAUGGCCCCACAACCAGUGAGGGCCGGAGGAUUCAUGGCCGCACAACCAGUGAGAACCUGA